UGGUGAGACUUUCACCCCGCACCAUCGCCAUGCCAACCACCCACCUUUUGAAGCAAGUGAACUACAGCCAAACGUUAAGAUCGUGAGAAUCACUGAAAUGAGUUGGGUGGCUGGUAACUAUAAGUUAUGAGCUGAACUGCAACCAGCCAAGAAUGCGCCUCUGGCGCUGGUCGCACAGGUUAUGGGCUGGGCCGAAACCAGCCAUGAACUAAACCUAGUAUUUCGAGGUAGUACGAGGGAUGUAUAAAGGUCUGUUCUGAUUCCCACAAUCUGCAUCAGCAGCAUCACUUUUCCAUCAACGUCUUUACACAAAACCACAGUACACGCCUUCUUCAUCCCAGACACCUAAUCAUCCCCCUCAUUGCAAGGACGUCUCACCCGCAUCAAUCAACAUGCAAUACACCAUUGUCACUCUGCUGGCAACAGUCGCAUCCUACGCCUCAGCACAAAGCUCCGCCAGUUCAGCUGCAGCCUCCGCCAGCCAAACCCCCAUCGGCGCCGUGAUUCCACUCGGCGGAGACUGCGUCCCAGGCGGCACUCCAUGUGCCCUCGGCUCCCAGUGCUACGCCACAAACUUUAUGCUCCAGCCUCGCUGCGGUAACUUCCAAGCCGCAUGCACCAGCGACCAGCAAUGCGCCUUCAACACCUGCAACCUGCAACAAGGCCUCUGCAACGGCUUCUUGUCGUCCUCUUCGGCCCCAGCGUCAUCGACUAUCACACCCACCCCCACUGGCGGCUUUACACCCGCUCCCUCUUCGACGGUUACUGCGCCUGCUGGCUCCCUACCGCUCGGCGCGCAGUGUAAUCCCUAUGUGAACCCGAGCCAGUGCAUCGCUGGUGUGCAGUGCUGGGCUAGCAACGCGGGUUUGAUUGCAAGGUGUGGAAACUUCAACGCUGCCUGCUCGAGCAAUGCGCAGUGCGCUUACAACACCUGCAACAACGGGCUUUGCAACGGUUUCCUGGCAUCGUCUAGUGCAGGAAACUCCACUGGAACCGCCUCAUCGACUGGAAGUGGCACUCCUAGUAACACUGGCAGUGCGUCGCGCACGAGCAGUAUAGUGCAGUUCACUGGUGCUGCGUCUGUCGCCACAACGGUGCCUGAGGUGAUGGUUAUGGUGCUUGGUGUUGCUGCUUGGGCUUUGUAAGCUUAUGGGUUGUCGUAGGGUAUUGCGGUUUCAGCGUAAUCAUGAUAAAAGGUGCUAAUGGGUAUGGGGGUUUGGACAUUGUGAAUUGGUUGGACUCAGCAUUGGUUGCUUCCAUAACUAUGUAGUAAUCAAGUAUGUAGUAAUAAUACAUGUAGUUAUGACAAUGAA